AUGGUUACACAAGCGCAUAUGUCCUCGACAUCACUUCCGCUGCAGAGGACGAGGUCACCUUCGAUACAAAAUGUUAUGAACACGGCGGUCACGGAGCAGGACUCACUUUACUACGUCUGUGCAAAUAUGAGAAGAAGAUUAGAACAAUUGCCUCAGAUGCAACCAUAUUUAAACUUAGCAUAUGCUUCUAGUGAAGUUUUGAGCGAAAGACAGGCUCUGCUCCUUUCACAGAAACGUCAACAACAAAAGGCCAUUGGACAUCAAAGUAUUGGCUCAACGUUUAGUGGUAGAGAUUCUCAUAGUAUUGCACAGCGAGCUUCCUCGAUUUCCAAUUCAAGUUUCAAGGAGGAAAUGUCAUUAGAUGGAAUUACUUAUGCAGGUGGACAGAGUAAUAAUAAUCAUAAUAUUAAUAAUAUUAAUAAUACCAAUAUGGAGGAUACAUUAAUUACAUUCAGCAUGGGGAUUUUGCCGAUAUCGAUGGAUUGUGAUCCAGUAACGCAAAUAUCACAAUUAUUUCAACAAGGUUCGCCAUUGUGUAUUAUUUUUAAUGCAGUUAAACCGCAGUUUAAAUUGCCAGUGGUGAGUAGUGACGACCUAAAAAUUUGUAAAAAAUCGAUUUAUGAUUUUAUUUUGGGUUGUAAACAGCAUUUUGCCUUUACAGAUGAGGAAUUGUUUACCAUUUCGGACGUUUUUUCUAAUUCAACUAGUCAUUUGCUUAAAGUUUUGGAUGUAGUGGACACUCUGCUGAAUUCUGCACCUGAGAUCUUCCCAUCAUUCCAAUCUGUACAGGAAGGUUUGAAGAGAGAAUUACAUUAUUUGUCACAACAACGCAAUACUACGGAACAUUAUAAAGUUAUAAAGGAGUUUGUGACUACCGAACGUAAAUAUGUCCAUGAUUUGGAAAUUUUAGAUCUUUACAGACAGCAGUUGUUAAACAGUAACUUAAUUACCUCCGAAGAGUUAUACAUGCUUUUUCCCAAUUUAAGUGAUGCCAUAGAUUUUCAAAGAAGAUUUUUGGUUGCAUUGGAAAUAAAUUCAUUAGUGGAUUCCCCAAAACAACGUAUUGGUGCUCUAUUUCUACAUUCCAAGUAUUUCUUUAAACUUUAUGAACCAUGGUCCAUAGGUCAGAAUGCUGCAAUAGAUUUUCUAUCACAGCAUUUAGAAAAAAUGCCUAAAACUGAUCUUAUCAUUAGAAAUAAAUUGGAGUUACAGUCAUUUCUUUACAAACCAGUGCAGAGACUCUGUCGGUACCCUCUACUUUUGAAGGAACUUUUACAAGCUUGCCAAGAUAUAGCGAGUUCAAAAGAAUUAGAAUUGGCUUUAGAAAUUUCAAAGGGAAUUGCUAGAAGUAUAAAUGAAAAUCAAAGGCGAACAGAGAAUCAUGAAGUUGUAAAAAAAUUAUACAGCCGUGUGCUCAAUUGGAAGGGUUAUAGAAUUGCUAAGUUUGGUGAAUUAUUAUAUUUCGAUAAGGUUUUCAUUUCAACAAGUAACUCUUCAGAGCCUGAAAGGGAAUUUGAAGUUUAUCUGUUUGAAAAAAUAAUCAUUUUAUUCUCAGAAGUUGUUCCAAAGAAAAGCACUUCAUUAUCAUUAAAGAAAAAACAAACGAAUUCAGGUUCGUCAUUAACCUUAAACCUUACUGGUUCUCUGAAUGGAUCCAAUUCCGGUUCGAAUGCAGGUGGACCUGAACCUAAAUUGGAUUUAAGAGGACGUAUCAUGAUUGCUAACUUAACUCAAAUAACUCCACAAAGUGCUCAUUCAUUAGCCAUCACAUGGGAAUCAAUUAAAGAACAAGGAAACUUCAUCCUAAAAUUCAAAAAUGAGGAAACAAGAGAAAAUUGGUCAUCCUGUCUACAAACUCUCGUUAGAAAUAUUAGAAGUGAGUCAUUUAGGACUUCCAAUAGUGGUGAAGUGUCCAACUUUUCGUCACCGGCACAUUAUAGAACUACUCAUAACAGCAUGACUUCGCUGGCGUCAUCGCAUCAUAAACACGUAUCAGAGGUUUUACCUAAGCAUCACCCAACAUCUUAUGAAAAUGAAUACCGUGCAAUUUCUGAAAAUUAUAAAAACUCGAUACCAAAGACAUCUCUAUUGGUGAGAAUAUCUUACAAAUCUGAUUUUUACACCAUUUUAGUGGAUUUAUCCUCUAGUAUAGAAGAUGUGAUGGGAAUAAUAAGGAGGAAAUUAAGUCACUCAGGCGUAGUAAGCAAAGUAAAAUACCAAGAUGAAGAUGGUGAUUAUGUGAUGUUAGAAUCUGAAGAAGAUUGGACUGUGGCCAAGGAUAUGUUAAGAGAGAGUGAAGAACGUAUUUUGAAUGUUUGGGCUUACACUUGA